AUGACUUGCAACCCAAACUGGAAAGAAAUUACGAAUGAGCUAAGCCAACAUGAAGAAGCUCAAAAUAGACCCGAUUUAGUUGCUCGAGUAUUCCAUGCCAAACUGGAAGAAUUAAAAGACAAAUUAUUUAAACGUGAAAUAUUCGGCAAGGUUGCCACAUACGUCUAUGUUAUUGAGCACCAAAAAAGAGGCCUACCACACGCCCAUUUUUUAAUUAUCCUACAAAGCGAUUGGAGAUUACAUGCACCCGAAUCUUUUGAUGAGAUAGUAUCAGCGGAGAUUCCUGAUAAAACUACAAACAUGCACUUGCAUAACGCUGUUGUGAAACACAUGAUGCAUGGACCAUGUGGAGAUUUGAAUCGAUCAAGUGUUUUCAUGAAGGGCAAUCCUCCACACCUUUUACUAAAGGCUGUCAAGUAUCUCUACAAGUACAUUUAUAAAGGUCAUGAUCGUGUUGCUUUCAACUUAGUAUCUGAACCAAGAAAUGACGAAGUUGAUGAAAUUCGCCAGUUCCAAAUGGCCCGAUGGAUUGCAGCACCUGAAGCUAUGUGGAGAAUAUAUGGAUUUAUUGUUAAUGAGAUGUACCCAUCAGUUUAUAGUUUGCAUCUGCACCUCGAGCAUCACCACCCAGUAACUUUCAGAGUAGAUCAAGACCUAUCCAACAUUGCCACUUCAAAACAUUUUAAAAAAUCAAUGCUAACAAAAUUUUUUGUACUGAAUCGAACUGAUCAAAAUGCAAACGCAUUACUAUACAAACAAAUCCCAGAAAGCUAUGUUUGGAACCAACAACACAAGAUAUGGUCUACUCGAAAAAAAAAACAGUCAUAG